AUGGAGGAUGACGCGGAAGCCUACCUGCAGCUUGCAUCCAAGCUUAAACGGAAGCACUUCCAAAAAGGGCACUCCUCUGUCUCGCAGCGUGUAUUAGCAGGAGGGCGGCCCGGUGCGUCAGGCCCACCCACGCAAACGGUGGGUCGUCUACCAAUGAAGAAACGGAGGCGAGCUGACGACAGCGACAGCGACGCUGACAACGGCGGGGCCCNCCGCGUCGAGUCCGUAACGCUUCCUUCAGCCCCAUCGCCCGCCUCCACCACCCCACUGGCGGAAAAGCCACGCACGCAGGGGAAGAUGACACUGAUGGAAAAAUGGUUCCCUGGAAGCACGUUGAGGAAUGCGACACUAGACACGGCUCAGGCACCGCCCUUGGACCAAAUCGAAAUGGCGGUUACGCGGAUGAAUGCGGCUCGUGAGCGUCUGCUCACCCUUCGUUCUGGGGUGGAAGAUGUGUUGGGUUACGCCAAUUUGUGCGGUAAGAAUGUCACCAUCGAUGACACGAGUGACUGGAACUGGCGAGAACUGCGUGAUGCGUUGUCUCAAUUAACUUCCUGUGAUAACUUCCGUACGAAGAAACGCGUUGUGGCGGCGGUGAAGUGGUUGCUAGGCACUAGAUCAGCGGCAGGCGUUCCCCAGAAGCCUUCACUGGGCCUCUGGGAUGAUUAUGUAAGGCGGUGUGGUCCUGAGCAAGGCUGCAAGCCACCCCUGACUCUAUUUGUGUGGUUGGAUAGCGCGUGUACGAGUGCAUUGUUCACCGCUUUGGUGAACCGUAUGCUGAAGGUGUACAAGCAAGGAAUGAAGCCAAAGGCAUACUCCUGGUAUGACGCUGAGGAGGAGCAAUCGGGAAGCGAAGACAGCACUGGAGAUGGUAAUGCUGAGAACGACGGUCUGCAAACUCCAGAAGAAACGGAGGAAGGAACCGAGGCGCAGGAGGAAGAUGAGUGUGAGGGGAGGUACGUUGACGAUGGGCAAUCGAUCCUUAACUCUCAUCUUCCGCCGUUGAGAGGUGGGGGGGCUUGUGAAGAUGUUGUGUCACUUCUCUCGUUCCUUCGUGUUCUCAUGCCCGUUGAUGUGGAGGACGGGGAGGGAAAUAUCGUUUCUCGCUCCGCUGGGUACGGUGUUUGGCUCUACGCGUGUAUGUCCGCCGUGGAUACACCGCUGGAGCCUGACUUGGACCGACUGGUUCACGAGCUGUUUCGCGCCUGCUGUCGUCAGAUCCGAACGAUCGGCGAGACGCACAACAUCCGCGGUGAUAGCCGAGGUGCCAUUGUGGAUGCUUUUACACCACGAGUUGACGAUGCGACUUCUCGCAGGCAGUACAACGCUAUGAGUGAUGUGGGGAGGGAAGAUGUUUUGGCGCUCCACACCAUCAUUAUUGUCCUCGCGAAGCUCUUCCGGCAGAAUCAGAACCGACUCAUUCCGCUUUAA